AUGGAGGAGCCCCUCUGCUGCUGCGAGUACGUGGACCGAAGGGGCGAGAGGAACCACCUGGCGGCGUGUUGCUGCGACUGCGAGGACCUGGACGAGGGCUGCGAGAGGUGGCUGACGCGCACGCCCCUGCCCCCGGGAGCUGUGGGGAGGAUCGCCGACACGGUGGCGGACCGGCUGCGGGUCCCCUGGUUCGCAGGGGCCGUGAAGAUCAACGUCAGCCUCGUGCCGCCUCUCCUUCUGCUGCCCGUCUUCCUCCACGUUGCCGCCCUGCACUUCCUGCUGGGGCUGGUCAUCUUGACAUCGCUGCCCGUGGUGGUGCUGUGGUAUUACUACCUCACCCACAGGAGGAAGGAACGGACUCUCUUCUUCCUGAGCUUGGGGCUCUUCUCCUUGGGCUACAUGUACUAUGUGUUCCUGCAGGAGGUGGUUCCCCGAGGCCACGUAGGGCAUUCCCAAGUGGCCGCGCUCACCUGCGGGUUAAUUCUUAUGCUUGCGGCCCUCUCUCGAGCCAAGAAAGACCCUGGCUACCUUCCCAUCCCAGCAAGCAACGAGAAGUCAUCCCACCAGGAUUUGCCCAACAAGAGUGUUAGAGGGAGCUCCAACGGCCUCCACGGCGUCACCGCGGCAGGAGCUGCCAGCAGCCGUGCCGUGAAUGGGGAGGCCCAAGCCUAUUCCAGGAUGCCAGCUGAGGAGCCAGCAGGCGUGAAAAAGGACUGGUGUGCUAAAUGCCAGCUGGUCAGGCCAGCCCGAGCCGGGCACUGCCGGCUUUGUGGCAGGUGUGUAAGGAGACUGGACCACCACUGUGUCUGGAUUAACAGCUGUGUAGGGGAGCAGAACCACCAAGCAUUCAUCCUUGCACUCUCCUUCUUCAUGCUCACCUCUGUGUAUGGGAUUACAUUGACCCUGCACACCGUUUGUAGGGGCCGAACUCCAUUUGUGGCAUUGUUCUACUGCCCCGGGGCCUAUUCUGACUACAGCUCUGCUCUGUCGUUCACCUGUGUGUGGUACUGUGCCAUUGUAACAGCUGGCAUGGGAUACAUCCUCCUUAUCCAGCUGUUGAACAUCAGCUACAACGUGACCGAGAGGGAAGCUCGGCUGGCUCUGCGGGACAACACUGGGCGCAGGCUCCUGGGUGGGUUAGUGAUAGACACUGGCCAGUAUAACAGGGGUUUCCUAUGCAACUGGGGCCAUUUCUUGAGCCUGGGGUCUUCUCCUCCACAGCGCUCUGCUGAAGACAUCGUGUGA